AUGGGUAAACCGUACGGCGUGCACGUGAACAAGUACUACGUCCCCGACGACGUCCCGGCGUGGGCGCGACUGAACGUGACGCAAGCGAGCAAAAAAGUUGCAAAGCAAUCGAGCGCGGCGAAGAAGCAAACGCUCGGGAAGAAGGCGAAGGCGGCGCAAAAGCUCGCGAAUCGGAAGGGGGGACGAGGGAAGAGGAAUCCCGCGAAUAAGGACUUCGCGAAGAACCUGAAUCGAGCGAAGGAGCUGAAGAAGACGAAGCGAAGCGGACGCCAGAGCAAAAAGCCGGGACGCUGA